AUGAGCAAACGAUUUUGCAACUUGGAAAAGAUAUUGGAGUUGGUGAGAACCAAAAGUACUCAGUUUCAAACGAAAUAUUUACCUAAGGCACCCGUUGGGUCUCGUAGUACAUUUGGUGGGACCUUAAUUGCGCAAUCAUUAUUAGCUUCAUUAAAUUGUGUCCCCCGGGAUUUCAUCCCAAUUUCACUGCAUGCAUAUUUCAUCAAUGGUGGAAACCCCACUGUACCAAUAACUUACGAUGUCUUAGAUCUAAGGAAAGGUAAUAAUUUUAUCCAUAAGGAAGUUAAAGCAUAUCAAUUUCAAAAAUUGAUAUUCCAGUCGAUGAUUUUAUUUAGUCGAGAAAUUAAUGUAACAAAUGGCUAUGAUCAUUUGAAACAGUUGAAACCGGGAGAGAAUGACACUUUCAUUGAGGCAAGUCUAUUGUUUGAACAUGACGUUAUCAAUGGAGAAGUGUCAAGGAAAUUGAAGAGCAUCAAGAAAAUGAAUGAUCCGAUGUAUUUUGAGAAACUGAGGAAUUCAUUCGAAGUUGAACCGAUGGAGUACCAUUUCCCUGCAACUUUCUUCAAUAACAAAGAAGAUACUAGCCAUUGCAAUUAUUGUGUCGAGCUGAGGGAUGAAUGUUUCGUAGAAGAAUACGACGAUCGAGAAACGACACUAAUUACACCAUUCAAUGAUAAGAGGUACGAUUAUGUAACGUUUGCAUAUUUGACUGAUUCUCAUUUACUAUUGACAUUGCCAUUUUUCAAGAAAUUGCCCCUAUAUGUGCAUGACUUUAGUGUCUCAUUAGAUCAUGUCAUCUAUUUCCAUAAUUUACCGUCUCGUCACAAUCCAAUCUAUGUCUCGAUAACAAACUCGAAAUCCAAGGCACACAAACAUUUGAUGAAUGCUGAAUAUUACGACCGACAGACGGGCACCAUAAUAGCCAGCGUCUCGCAGGAGGGAUUCGUUGUCUACGACUAUAACAAGCUAAUUAAAGCCAAAUUGUAA